AUGCAAGAAGGAGGAGCCUCUUGGGAACAAGUUGCUGCAAAAAAGAGGGCAGCACUCUUGGCCUCGAUACCCAAGGAAUGGGUCAUUCCAGGAGAUCUGCUGCCUCUGGUGUCCCAGAACGACGUGACGAGCUGGCCCAAAACUUCUGGGUGGUUCACCGAGGAAGAGCUCGCCAUCACUGACCUCUCCGCCUCGGAGCUGGUAGCAAGGCUCUCCUCCGGUGCUCUCAAGUCUGUGAAUGUUACCAAAGCUUUCUGCAAGAGGGCAGCCGCCGCUCAUCAACUGACAAACUGCCUGUCUGAGACGUGCUUCGACCGGGCUCUGGAGACAGCAACAGCCUGCGAUGAGCACCUGGCCCGUACAGGCAAGCCCAAGGGCCCUCUGCAUGGUCUCCCUAUUUCUCUCAAGGACAACUUCAACCUGAAGGACCUCGAUGCAACAGUCGGCUUUGUAAGCCACGUCGGCGAUCCCGCGGCCUAUGACUCCACACUUGUAACAAUGCUAGAAGAAGCAGGCGCCGUGUUCUACGUGAAGACGAACGUGCCCACCGCCAUGAUGAUCGCCGAGAGCGUUAACAACCUCUUCGGCCGGACCGUCAACCCGAUCAACAGGCAGCUGACCUCGGGCGGCAGCAGUGGCGGUGAGUCUGCACUGAUUGCCUUCAAAGGCAGCUGCCUCGGAAUCGGGACAGACAUCGGUGGAAGCCUGCGCAUUCCUGCGGCCUGCACCGGCAUCUUCACCCUGCGGCCCAGCUUUGGCCGCUUUCCCACUCUCAAGUGCCGCAGCGGGAUGAGCGGGCAGGAGGCUGUCCAGAGCGUGAAUGGGCCCUUGGCGAGGACGCUGGAGGACAUCACGCUCGAGGCCAAGACGGUUGUGGACGCCGAGCCGUGGCUUCAUGACCCUCGCAUGGUGCCGAUCCCCUGGCGCGAGGUCAGCCUGCCCAAAAAGCUCAAGAUUGCCGUCAUGUACAAUGAUGGCAUAGUGACGCCCACGCCCCCCGUCACCCGGGCCUUGAAGAACACAGUGGACAAGCUGCGAGCUUCUGGCCAUGAAAUUGUGGACUGGGAUCCCAAGGACCAGCUCCAGGGACUGAGGCUCUUGGGCCGGAUGUUUGUCGCCGACGGGGCCAAGUCGAUCAAAAAGGAGCUGGCGCGGUCCGGUGAGCCCAUGAGGCCCGAGAUGAAGUUCUACGAGGUUGCGACCGAGCUGGGCACGUACGACAUGUGGCAGAUUCAUCUUGAGCGCACUGAUCUCCAAAGGCGAUACCUGGAGAGGUGGAACGCGGCGGGGAUCGACGCAAUCCUCUGCCCUACAACGCCUUUUAGCUCGGCAAAGAACGGCCAGUUCAAGCAUGUUCUAGUUGGGUAUACCGGUGUUUUCAACGUCCUGGACUACUCGUGCGUAUCGUUUCCCACGGGAUUGACUGUAGACAAGAGCGUCGAUGAGCCUCUCAAAGAGGACUCCUACACACCGCUGAAUGACAUCUGCAAAGCGGUUCACGCUGAAUAUGAACCCGAUCUUCUCCAUGGCAUGCCCAUUAGUCUUCAGCUCGUAGCCAGGAGGCUGGAAGAGGAAAAGGUGCUGGCUAUGACGAAGCAAAUCCUAUCGAUACUCUAG